GGUAUCCAUAAGAAACACUAACGAAAACAAUGUCAAAGAAACCUAAAGUUCAAUUUAUUCAAAACGAAGAACCGUCAUUUAUAAAAGAAUUUAAACAACGUGCCGGUAUUCCGACAGCUGCAACUAUUGACUCGAAACGUACAGAAUUAAGUAUUGAUGAUAAUGAUGAAGAUGAUCGGCCAGAUGAGCAGCCACAAAUAGUUUUUGAUCCAUGUUCUGAUGUUCAUGAAUUAGAAGCAAGAGCAUUUAUUAAACAAUGGCAGUAUGAACAUAAACUUGGUCAUAUAGAAGAAACUAAUGUGAAAAAUGAAGAACCAGGCGUACCAAGUCGAAUAAUGUUUCGAUCUGCUGAAGAACGUUGUUCCGAUAGUAAAAUCCCAGUAAAGAGGACAGAUAGUGAGAUUCAUUCAAAUAAUCGACCACUACCACCUCAACAACAAAAACGGACUAUCCGAGAUCGUUCACCCAUUGAUUCUAAACGUAAAGACACGAAAUGUUCAUUGUUGUCAUUUGAUCUCGACGAAGAUGAAGGAUAGAUUAUUAAUUAUUGUUCUUCCCAAUAAUGUUUGACGCUCUUAUUAUUGUAACAUAUUUUUCGUUAUUCUUUGGUGUAUAUGUUGAGUAAUUAUACCGAAAUAUAUUCACUACUC